CUCUCUACCACCACCACCACAACAUUUUUUAUUUUUCCAUUUGUUUUCCCAACAGUAUGAGGCAGGAUGCAGGAGACUACAAAGAAUUGAAGGAAAAUUUUGUCUCUGGAGCGACAGGCUCGACGGUGACCCACGUCAACUUGAUAUCUAGUGCGGCUCUCGCAUCCGUGUUUCUCUACCACACAAUACUCUCAAGAACAUCCCCAACAAGCUUGAAUAAAUUUCCGAUAUCAUGGGCUAUCCUGGUCCUACCGCUUCUCUUGUCGAUGACACUAUUCGCCAAUAUGCCAGCGCUACUCUCAAUUCUGAUGUUGAUUCCGGCUCUGGGUCUGUCAUUUUUGUCUCGUCGCGAAUCGGGGACGCCACUUCCUUCAAAUGAAAGUGAACGAGGUACAGCAAGUCCCAAGGCGACUGUGGCCCCGCUACCGUUCUUAACAACAUAUCGCGCACACAUGCUCUUAAUGACAAUUCUCGCCAUCCUUGCAGUGGACUUUCCUGUGUUCCCCCGUUCACUGGCCAAGUGCGAGUCAUUUGGAGUCUCACUGAUGGACUUGGGUGUUGGCGCCUUCGUCUUUUCUCAAGGAGUCAUUUCAGCAAUCCCACUUGUUAAGAAUCCGACUUAUCUCGCAUCACCUGUACUUUCUAAGCUGGUCACCACAAUUCGUAAGGUCUUGCCUAUUAUGGUCCUGGGCAUUGUGCGCGUGUUGCUUGUUAAAGGAACAGAAUAUCCCGAGCACGAAACGGAGUACGGCACCCAUUGGAACUUUUUCAUCACCAUGGCCCUCCUGCCAGUAAUGGAGAUCUUCCUUCACCCAAUAAUCCUUCGGGUUCCGAUAUCCAUGCUUGGUAUCCUGAUUGCAUUGUGUCAGCAGCUCGGCUUAUCCGUGUUUGGUUUGCAAGAAGUCGUCCUGUUCGCUCCACGCGUUGGUAUCCUGUCGGCGAACAAAGAGGGCAUCGUAUCUCUUCUAGGUUAUCUCGCCGUACAUCUCCUGGGACUAUCAAUAGGGACGAUGAUUUUACCCCCUUCGCCUUCGUACUUCCGUCGGUUCCAGCGCCAAUUUAAUAAAAAUGGCGAGUUGACGUUAGGAGGAGGAGAAAAAUACAAACAUUCGUAUGCUUCUCGACAGAAUGACAAAACAGCCACAGAGUUGUGGGCGUAUUCAAUGCUGUGGUGGGUAUUCAUGGGGUUGACGAGACUACUCAAGAUCGAUGGUAAGGAAGGCGUGUCUAGGCGUGUGGUCAACUUGUCGUAUAUCCUUUGGGUAGCGGCAUAUAACACGUCGUUUAUCUUGGGAUACCUUCUCAUGGACCUCUAUUUCUACCCUUCGCCAUCAAGGUCGAAGUACACCCGACAACAGAGCGACCAGGACGUCUUACCAUCCCGCAUAGCUGUAUCUGCUCCUCUUUUUGAAGCUAUCAAUAAGAAUGGGCUAGUUCUAUUCCUAUUGGCAAACGUCUUCACUGGUCUGAUCAAUUUGACGAUACCUACCAUGUUCACUUCCAAUUUCUGGGCCAUGAUUAUUUUGUGUGGAUAUUCGCUUGGGGUGUGCGCGACGGCGUGGGUUCUGAGGAACACUCGUGUUUGGAAAAUAUAAUCGUGCAGAGAUGCUUUUUGCUUGUUCUGUUGUUGAGUUCUUGUCAGAUCUACUGGAGUCUGGCAGUAGUAAAUUUGUCCUCACGAUUGUUGACAGUCAUCAGUGAAGGUUGUUUGUACAGCUCGCUUCGAUGCCUGCGUCGUACGAAGUGACUUU